AUGAAAAUGGAAUAGUAUUUUAACAAAAGAUUUCACCAUUUUCAGAUACUUUUUCGGCAUUUAAUUUUUCUUAAAGGCAUUAAAGGAGAUUAAUACAAUCAAUAUUUUCUCUAAAAAAGUCAUCAGAAUUAAUUCCUUAUUAAAUAUACUCCAAAGCCUUUUGAGUGUCUUUAUUAACUGCAAAAAUAUUUGCUAAUCUCAAGAAACUUUCAAUAUCAACUUCUUUAGCUUCGAUAUUUCUUUUUAAAUAUUCUAUGCACUUUUCCAUAUUUCCUAUUUGCUCGUAGCAGAGAGCUAAGUCAUAGUAAGGAAGAGGAUUUUCAGGCUAUUGUUAUAAACAAGCUUCAAGAUUUUCAACUCCAAGCAUACCUUCACCUAAAAAUCUUAAAUUUUGACCAAGAUUAAAUCUAGCUUUAUAAUUUUAAGGAUCUGAUUAGACAGAUCUCAAUAAAUAGCAAGUACUUGUUUCAUAGUCUCCUUUUCUUUUUAAGAUCAUCCCUAAAUUUAAAUUAGCUUAAGGGUGAUUUUGAUCCUGUGAAACAUCAAUAGCUUUUUAGUAGAACUAGACAGCUUCUUCCAAUUAUCCUUUACAUUCCUACAAAACACCUAAUGAAUAUAAGAUAGCAUCGUUUUGAGGUACUCUUUCGUGUUGUUGUUUUAAAAAAGCAAUACCCCUAUCAAUUUAAUUUUCAGCUAUAUAAUGGUCAAUUAAGUCUUAAUUUACUAAUAAAGCGUUGUAUUAAAUUGAUUUUUCUGAAUAGUUUAAAUAUUAAAUCAUAUCUUUGA